UAAAUGCAAAAUUUGGUAUUUGCGAUAUUAUGUAGUAUAUGCUAGAUUAACAUAAGCACUGUAACCGUGAUUAAUCGACGUGAUCUCAUACUUUCAAAUAUGUUAAUUGUAUCAGUGUACACUUCUUUAUUGUUAAUAUUUCUGUUAUUUAUUAAAUAAUGCCACACCUAGAUUAAUUAUAAAAAGCUCAUAUGCCAACUCCAAUAUAAGAAAUAUUCAUGCCUUUUUGUUUGGGAAGUUAUUCAACCCAAAAUAUGGAGGAAUAUGCUGUAGUAUCAGACAUAUCGGUUGUAGAUGUUUAUGACAUUGCCUCAGAAAUAGGAAAGGAAUGCGAAAAAUUAAUAGACUUAUAUGGAGUAGAAUCUGUAACUAAUCUUAUGCCAAAAGUGAUACAUGCAUUAGAACUACUAGAAAAUUUAGCAACUAAAAAUGAACGUGAAAAUACAACAGUUCAAGAGUUACGAGCAAAAAUUUCCCAAUUGGAAAAUGAUAAAAUUGGGAAAGCUGAAGACAGACAAAGAUUUGAAAAGGAACUGGAACAAAUUGAAGAACAUUGGCGUCAGGAAUCUCGAGAUUUAGUGGGAAUGGUUACAAGAUUGCAGGAAGAAAAUAGGAGAUUAGCAGAAGCUUUGCAAGAAUCGCGUAGUGACAGUCAGUACAGCAGUAAACAAACUUUUACAGCUAGUCAAGAAGUUGAUGUAGCAGUAUUACAACACCUAAGAUCUAUGAUAGAUAAACAAAGAGAUCAAAUUCGAGCAAGAGAUAAAGAGCUGCUACAAAAAAAUAUGGAGAUAGAAAAUCUGACGACACAAGUUGAAAAAUUUGGAGUCGUCGGCCGAGAAUUAAAGCGAAAGCAACGUCAAGCGCAAAUGCAAGCACGAGGCUUGGUAGAAGAAAGAGCAGACUUUUUGGCGCAAUUACAAGAUCAGAAUCGUGAAUUGAUCAAUCUUCGAGCUCGUCUUGGUUUAGCAAGAAAAGAAAAUGAAGAUUUAAGUAAAUUGCAGGGUUAUCCAGAUUUAACGAACAAAGCAGUUUAUGAUUUGGACGAUCCUGAUAGACCAAGAUUCACCACUGCUGAAUUGAAAGAAAUUUUACAUGAACGAAAUGAACUGAAAGCCAGAGUUUCAGAUUUGGAAGAUGAACUAGAGUUGUAUCGACCAAAAUCUGAAACGGUAGAAGAUUACAAAGAUGCACCAGUUCAAGGCCCUCUUCCUUAUGAACCAGAUGAUGCACCCUGGAAAAAGGCAUCUGAAUCUGGAAUUCGUAAAUUUUUCCGGAAAAUUUUCUCGGAGUCUAGCAGUAGUUUUUUAGUUGGUAGUAGUCCGCGUAGAAGUCUCUCUAGUCUAUCAAAAAUGGCCCUGUCUGGAAAUAGUACAUGCGACGAGUCUGUAUAAUGACUCUUUUAACAAACAACCAAAUGACUUUCAGAAUCUUAUAAAAAUACCUUGAGUAUAAUGUUAUUAUAUUUAUUCAAUAGCAUUCGGUUUCUUGAUAAUAAUAGUAAGUUAUUUUUAAAUAAUUCCUUAUUUUAAAAACAGUUAUUAAUUAGAAUGAAAUAAGUUGCUAAUAUAAAUAUAGCCAUUUUGACAAACACAAAAUAUUCACAUGUGUACAAAAUUAACAUAUAUCUACUUAAAGAGUCUAAAAUAAUUAAAUACAUAUACAUCUUUUUAUGUUGAAAAUUGUAUUGACGUGCCUGAAAAGUUAAAAAGUAUUGAUAAUAGUACAUGUAGUAAUAUCUCUUUACUUUCGUACACUUUUUGCAUGAUUGUUAUAAAUUAAUAUAAUUUGUACCGUAAAAAUAAUGACAUUAAAGGAAGUUACAGAACUUCCUUAGUUUUCAAAUUAAUUAUGAUUUUUUAAUAGAUGUUUUUUAUAUUUUGAUUUUGCAUUUAUUUUAUAAGUGUAUGAAUUAAAAGUGUCUUUUAUAAUGUACUAAUAAAUAAUGUGUUGAAUUUAAUUACUCAAUGUUAUAACAAAAUACAUAACAAAUUAUAACAUACAAAAUACACAACAUAAUAAAUAUUUCAUUGGCUUAUGAAAUAUUUAUAUUUCAAUAUUUUUAUUCUUAUUUUUAUUUUUAUG